UCGCCUGGAAUUUUUGUGAGGUACCAAGUUGCUUUACGGGAAAAGGCAACUAUAAUUUAAUCUGAAACUGCCCUGCUUUAGACUUUUUCAUGGUUAUUAAUUUGUACAAGAAUCACAAACUGGUACAGCGGGAACCAAACUGGCAAAUCAGGCUGCCGAGACAACUGUGUAAUUCGCUGGAAAAAGAAACGGAGAACCUCUCCUGCGUACGGGAGGACAAUGUAUAUAAAAAUAUGCAAGAAUCAAAGGAAACCCCUAUAUCCAGUCACCUAGAUGAAAUUGUUGCUGCUGUCAGCAUAACGCCUAGAAAGAAGAUCCAAAACAAGCUGCCUCAGACAGCGCUAUUCCAACCUCCUCGAGAGAAACUCCACCAUUGUGAAGAGAAAGCGAAGUCCUAUUCUAGCAGUCGCGAAUAUAAACAGGCAGUCCGCGAGCUGGUGCGCUGUGUCGCACUGACGAGAAUUUGCUAUGGCAACUCCCAUUGGAAACUGGCAGAGGCACACGUCAAUCUGGCUCAGGGCUACCUCCAGCUGAAAGGACUGUCACCGCAAGCAAGGCAACAUGCAGAAAAAGCCAAAGAAAUCCUUACUAACUCCAUUGCGCCUCCCUAUAACGACAACACAGAUGUUUUCAAGUGUUCGAUUGAGCUGUUCCAUACCAUGGGGAGAGCCUUACUCUCCCUUCAAAAAUUUAAGGAAGCUUCGGAGAAUUUGUCGAAGGCAGAGCGACUUGCAAAGGAGCUGCUGCAGUGUGGAAGGAUUAUAAAGGAGGAAUGGAUAGAAAUCCAAGCACGGAUCAAAUUGUCAUCUGCACAGAUGUAUCAAAGUCAGAAGAAAUCAAAAGAAGCUCUGCCUCACUACCAAGAGGCUUUAGAAUAUAUUGAGAUCAGUCGAGGUGAAAAAAGUCUUGAGUGUGUACCAAUAUUGAGGGAAUUAGCUGGUGCCGAGCAAGCCCUGGGACUUCACGACGCGUCCGUCAACCAUUUUCUACAGGCACAUCUCAUCGUGCUGAGCAAAAACCCCUCUCAAGAGGAGGCAGCGAUCUCCGCACAUUUUGUCGCCCACGCUGCCGUAGCUUCUGGGAGUACCAAGCACCAAGAUGUGGCCGAGCAGUAUUUUCAAGAGAGCAUGGCAAACCUUAAGGAUGCUGAAGGGAUGGGAAAGGCCAAAUUUCUUUCAAUUCAAGAUGAUUAUUGCCAUUUUCUACAAGCCACUGGACAAAAAGAGAAAGCAACCUCGAUCCUGAGAGAGUCCCUGGAAGCCAAAGUGGCAGUGUGUGGUGAUCUCAGUCCUGAGGUAGCCGAGACCUACCGGUUGUUGGGUGGGGCCGACCUGGCCCAGGGGAACCACGCUGGGGCCCACAGGAAACUGAAGAAGUGUCUUCAGAUUCAGACCCUCUUGUACGGACCACAGGACAAGAGGACUCUGGCCACCCAGCAGACAGUGGACGUCCUGUCCAAGGCCCCAGAGGUGGCUGUGAAGUCCAGGCAGGCCCCGAAAGCCAAACCCGCGUUCUACACUGGCGUGGCCCAGCACACUAUGCUGGGGAAGGCCAGGCCCAACAUGGCGGACUGAGACCACCCACCCCCCCAAACUCCC